AAAACUACACUUCCCAGAAGGCCUGCGGGCUCCUUUCCCCUUGAUUACAAGAUGUCUGCUUUAGGCAGAAUUACAACGUACGUGAAAAAUGCAUGGGGCAAGGAACCAGUGAUCGUAAGCUCCUUUGUCAUUGCAAUUGUGGCUGGAGCACUGCCAUGGGUGAGCCCCUAUGCGCGUUAUUCCGCAUUAAUGAACAAGGCCAUGCCAUAUCACUACCCAGUCCCAGUUCGAGAUGAUGGCAAUAUGCCAGACAUUCCCGCUCACCCUUGUGACAAGGAAGGCGAGCAGCUUGAGUGGCUGAAGAAAUCAGCAGUGUGAGAGCUACCACUGAAGAGGCAGAUCUGCUCCCCACAAGGUUCCCCUGCCUUGGUUUUACAUGUGUGCUGUUCCCAGGGGGCAAUAAAUUUCCUGUUGAACCCAAAA